CAUUCUCUCAGUCCUAUAAAAUGCACCGUUGUCUCAGGCAGAGUCACUCCUCGUAGAUUCUCCAGCUGUGCUCAUCGCCUGCAGGUCAGCUCCACCUCCACGUCUCACCAUGACUCUCACUCUCACCCGCCAGGGCAGCUACAGCUCCCGUAGCAUCUCCAGCAGCAGCGCCAUCAGCUUGAGCGGAGAGAUGCAGUUUCUCGGAGCCGGCCAGACCCGCAUCUCCACGGGCUCCUUUAAGACCCGUGCACCUAGCGUGUACGGGGGAGCUGGGGGUUACGGGACCCGCAUCUCCCAGUCCCACUCUGUUUUCUCCUCCGGGUCACUGACCCCGUACGGCGACACGGCAGUGAUCAACAACGAGAAGGUGACCAUGCAGAACCUCAACGACCGCCUGGCUUCCUACCUGGAGAAGGUGCGCUCCCUGGAAGCAGCCAACAGGAAGCUUGAGCUGCAGAUCAGAGAGUUCUACGAGAAGAGAGCUCCUACUGUUUCCAAGGACUUCACCAGCUACUUCGCCACCAUCGCUGAUCUCCGAGCUCAGAUCUCGAGGAAAUAUGCAGAGAAUCAAAGAAUCAUCCUGCAGAUUGACAAUGCUCGACUGGCUUCAGAUGACUUUAAAGUAAAAUAUGAGAUGGAGAUGAACAUGCAUUCACUGGUGGAGGCCGAUGUGUCUCGUCUCAGAGGAGUCCGGGACAGCCUGACUCUUUCCAUUAGUGACUUGGAGGUGCAACUAGAGGGUCUGAAAGAAGAGCUGGUGUACCUCAAGAGCUCCCAUGAGGAGGAGAUGCUUCAACUUAGGAUCCAGCAGACUGGCACUGUUAAUGUAGAGGUGGACAGCGCAGAGUCUGUUGAUAUGAUAAAGGUCCUGGAGGAAAUGAGAGAGCAGUAUGAAGCUGUGGUGAUGAAGAACAAGCUGGAGCUCGAGAAAUGGUUCCAAUCUAAGGUGGAUGUUCUCAAGACACAAAUCACUACAUGUACAACAGAGGUGAAGACGUUCCACACGCAGCUGUCAGAGCUGAAGAGGACCUAUCAGAGUUUGGAGAUAAGUCGACAAAGCAUCAUCACAGAGAUUCAGUGCAUGCAGCAGAAUAUGGAGGAAGUGAAGAGUCGAUACAGUAGUCAGCUCAGCCAGCUGCAGAUGACCAUCAACAUGCUGGAGGUCGAGCUGCAGCAGCUGAAAGUCUCCCUCGAGCAGCAGCAAACUGAUUACAACCUGCUGCUGGACAUCAAGAUGAGGCUGGAACUGGAGAUCGCUGAGUACAGGAGGCUGCUGGACGGAGAGCUGCACGAGACCAGGCAUUACGAACAAAAAAAGGCUGUGGUCAUCAGCAAGGUCGUGGAAGUGGAAGAGCAUAAGCCCCACAUCGAGAGGAGAGUGAAGACCAUCGUGGAGGAGAUCGUUGAUGGAAGGGUGGUGUCCUCCAGUGUUGACACCCAAGUGGAGGACAUUCAGUAACACCUCUGCUCACCUCUGCUGCCACUAAACCUAUUUUUUUCCAUGUUGAUUUGGCCCCUAAAUGUUAUCAGUUGACUCAUAAUAUUGGCUUUAAGAAUAAUUAGUCAGCUGUUAACUUGUCAAUUCAACCAAACAAAUCCCUUUAUCUAGCUUUUUAAGGAGGUUACUUUGGCAGGUUCUUUUUUUUCUUUGAAUUAUAUUUAUAUAGCAGGGUUGCAGCAAGUGAUAAUCUUUCCAUGGCAGAUGCUUGUUCAGAUAAGUACGAUACCAAAAUAUGAUUAAAAUCCAGAAAGCAAAGAUAAGGAUGUGUAUUCUUAAAUCAAAAAUGUGUAUUACAAUUCAGAAAGGUGGGUUAUAGUUUGUAUUUGGAUGUUUCAUUAACAAAUGUUAAUCAUAGCAAAACUUAUAACAAAGGAACUGCAAAAGGGAAAGGAAAGAAAAUGAUUCAAACUUAGUAAUGUUUUUGUUGUAUGAGCCCAGAUUGGUGUCUCCUGUAGUUUUCCUUUGCAGAUACUCUUGUGAAAAUCAUUACAAGAAACUAAAGUAAAGCAAAAUGUGCCAUUCA